AUGGUUUUUGAGAGUAACUGGCUUCAGAACAAGCUGCUAAGCACCAGGGCCAGAGGAAACCCGGCACUAUCAGACCCAGGCACUCCUGACCAACACCAGGCCGGCCAGACCCACCCCCCAUUUCCGGUGGGGCCACAGCCACUUCUGACGGCACAGCAGUUAGCCUCUGCUGUUGCCAGCGUGAUGCCGGGUGGUCCCCCAGCCCUCAACCAGCCUAUCCUCAUCCCCUUCAACAUGGCCGGACAGCUCGGAGGCCAACAAGGACUGGUUCUCACACUGCCUACAGCGAAUCUCACCAACAUCCAAGGGCUGGUAGCCGCAGCUGCAGCCGGAGGCAUCAUGACUCUGCCAUUGCAAAAUCUUCAAGCUACCUCAUCCCUGAACUCCCAACUCCAGCAGCUCCAGCAGCUCCAGCAGCUCCAGCAGCCGCCGCCGCCACCGCCAGCCAGCCAGCACCCACAGCCAGCCCCGCCGGUGGCCUCACCGUCCCAGCAGCCGCAGCCCCUGCCCGCCCCACCCCAGCAGCCGCCACCUGCCUCCCAGCAGCUGCCAGUGCCUCCGUCUCAGCUGCCGCAGGCUCCGCAGCCCCAGCAGCACCCACCCCACUCCCAGAACCAGAACCAGAACCAACCGUCUCCAACCCAGCAGAGUUCGAGCCCCCCUCAGAAACCUAGCCAAUCUCCAGGACACGGCCUUCCGUCGCCGCUCACGCCACCCAAUCCUCUCCAGCUGGUUAAUAAUCCACUAGCAAGUCAGGCUGCAGCGGCUGCAGCAGCCAUGGGCUCCCUAGCAAGCCCGCAGGCCUUUGCCAAUGCCCUCUCCAGUCUUCAGGGGGUCACAGGUCAACUAGUUACUAAUGCACAAGGACAGAUCAUUGGGACCAUUCCACUGAUGCCUAAUCCGGGGCCAUCGAGCCAAGCAGCGAGCGGCACUCAGGGCCUUCAAGUGCAGCCAAUCACCCCACAGCUCCUGACAAACGCCCAGGGCCAGAUCAUUGCCACGGUCAUCGGGAACCAGAUCCUGCCCGUGAUCAACACCCAGGGUAUCACACUCUCCCCCAUCAAGCCAGGCCAGCAGCUCCACCAACCCUCCCAGACGUCGGUGGGUCAAGCGGCCUCCCCAGGCAGCCUCUUGCACCUGGCUCACAGCCAAGCGUCCGUGUCUCAGAGUCCCGUCCGGCAGGCCACCUCGUCCUCCUCCUCCUCGUCCUCGUCCUCCUCGGCUUUGAGCGUGGGCCAGCUAGUCAGCAAUCCUCAAACGGCAGCGGGUGAGGUGGACGGGGUUAAUCUGGAGGAGAUCCGAGAAUUUGCCAAAGCUUUUAAAAUCCGGCGCCUGUCCCUUGGCCUGACCCAGACUCAGGUGGGACAGGCUCUCAGUGCUACCGAGGGCCCCGCAUACAGCCAGUCGGCCAUCUGCAGGUUUGAAAAGCUGGACAUCACCCCUAAAAGUGCCCAGAAGAUCAAGCCGGUGCUUGAGCGGUGGAUGGCUGAGGCUGAGGCCCGCCAUCGAGCAGGUAUGCAGAACCUGACCGAGUUUAUCGGGAGUGAACCAUCCAAAAAGCGCAAGCGGCGCACCUCCUUCACGCCCCAGGCCCUCGAGGUCCUCAAUGCCCACUUUGAGAAGAACACCCACCCUUCUGGGCAGGAAAUGACCGAAAUUGCUGAGAAGCUGAACUAUGACCGGGAGGUAGUUAGAGUUUGGUUCUGCAAUAAGAGGCAAGCCCUGAAGAACACAAUUAAACGCUUAAAACAGCACGAGCCGGCCACGGCAGGCCCCCUGGAGCCCCUCACGGACUCUCUGGAAGAAAACUCCUAAAGAGAUGCCCACCCAGGACCAGAAGCCACAUCCACAGGACUGGACUCCUCCCUGGGACUGCACCAAAAACUAAUCGUAGUAAUUUCAAUUCAAUGAAAACACAGCUCCCAUCAUUGUCACCCUUGUAAGUAAAAGACUAAGAAAACGACCAA